AUGAGACGCCAAAAUGAUGUUUUGAAUCUUGUUAUCCAGAGAAUUGAUGUUGAUGAUAGUGAUGGUAUGGCCCAAGCUAUUAUCAACAACUUCCAGUGUGCUUUUACUUCUGAAGUUAAAUGUUUGUUGAAGAAAUGGGGAAUUGGAGAUGAGGAGAGCAAGGCAAACGCUAAAAAGAGCCCUGCCUCCGAGAAGAUAACCAGGGUGCGAACGGAAGUGAAAAUUAUAGAGAAUUACCAAUUACACACGGUGGCACGACAAGCUCAAGAGCUCCAUGCAACAUGGGUCGUUUUGGACGGGCGCCUAAAGAACCAAGUAGAGAGCUGCCUCAAGUUGCUAAAAUGCAGCAUUGUUCUAGUUGAACAGUCCAUGCCCAAGAUCCUUAGGCUGAAUAUCAAGCAUGUGGGUGAAGACAUCACAGGAACUCCCACAAUUGCAGAGAUGGCAUGUGAUAGUGCAUUUAAGAACUCCAUGUACUGUGAUUCUUCUAUUAUUGGAACUUCACCAAGCAGCUUGGGUUUAGAGAGCCCCACCACCAGCACAAACUCCUCCCCGAGCCCGAGCCCGAGCCCGAGCCCGAGCCCGGACCCAUACGAAAGAGCCACUGCACCGACGAAUCUUCGAGCUCCCAGAGCAUUACCCAACAAGAGGGAGCUUCCAAUGCAGAUUAAAGAUUCUAAAGGUGUUGUUGAUGGUGCUACUUUUCCGCUGAGGAGUAUCGGCAAUCAGUCGCCAUUAAGAGGCACAAGAAGUGGUAGAUUCUCACCCAAGCCACCAAAGCCCCCAUCUCCAGCUAGAAGGUCCACCGACUGCCGCCCCUCCCCGCACCCACCCACCGCACCUACCCGACCCAUCCUCAAGCCCCACACCCCCUCUAAACCAUCACUCCAAUACACUACUUCUACUUCUCCACGGUUCUUUGAAAGGAGCCCAAGCCUAACGCAAGCAAUCUCCCUUUCCAUGCGUCGGCCCCCGGCAUCCCCACCCCUUUGCUCUACUUGCAAGCACAGAGCCCCUACUUUCGGACAGCCUCCGAAGAGAUUCUCCCAUGCGGAGAUGGAAGCUGCAACAUGUGGAUUCUCGACUGCCAAUUUUUUAGCCGAGGGAGGAUAUGGACCAGUGUAUAGAGGGGUGCUCCAAGAUGGUCAAGUGGUGGCUGUGAAGCAGCACAGAAAGGCCAGUGCACAGGGAGCCUUUGAAUUCUGCGCCGAGGUCGAGGUGCUAAGUUGUGCUCAGCACCGGAAUUUGGUACUGCUUGUGGGAUACUGCACUGAGAAGGAGUGGUUGUUGGUGUAUGAAUUUGCUUGCAAUGGCUCCUUGGACCAGCAUUUGUAUGGCAAGGAGAGGAUGGCAUGGGAGCACAGGCACAAGGUUGCAGUGGGAGUUGCAAGGGGUCUGAGGUAUUUGCAUGAAGACUGUCGCGUAGGGUGCAUCGUGCACAGGGACCUGAGGCCCAACAACAUCCUUCUUACUCAUGAUUUCGAGCCCAUGGUUGGGGACUUUGGUCUUGCCAGGUGGCAAGCAGAUGGUCAAACAGCGGAAGAAACACGUGUGAUCGGCACAUUCGGGUAUCUAGCACCAGAGUAUACAAAGACAGGACAAAUUACAGAAAAAGCAGAUGUGUACGCUUUUGGAGUGUUGUUGCUUGAACUUCUUACUGGCCAGAGAGCCAUUGAUUUGUCAAGGAAAGUUGGCCAGCAAUACCUUCCAGAUUGGGCUAGGCCUUUGCUAGUGAAGAGGAAAUAUGAUGAGCUGAUGGAUCCAACCUUACAAGAAAGUUACUCACUCCAAGAAGCCCAAUUCAUGAUGCAAGCAGCAUGCUUAUGCAUCACCACAGAUCCACAAUCUAGGCCUCGAGUGUCCAAGGUCCUAAGGAUUUUGGAAGGUGAUGUGCCAAAUGAAGUUCUCUCUCCAUCUCAUGGAACAAGUGAUAUUCUCUCUCCAGCCAAGGGGGAAACUAUCUCAACCCCUGAAAUAAAAGAGAGGAGGAUCCAAAAUAGGAGAAGGUGGAAAACAAUUCCUAACCAUGCAAGUGAAACUCUAAAUCCAAAUAUAAGCAAGGAUUCUCCUCUCUCUAGCAUGGAAGGAGAAUGUAUGAAUGAGAACAAAGAUGUGAUUUAA